AGGCUCCCGAAUCCCCGAAAAGUUGCACACUUCGAAACGCGUCACAUGGAGACGGUCUAGAAGUAUCGUGUAUUGCAGGAAAGGACGGAGGUCUGCAUCAAAGUUUUGUUCUGGAAGUUUCAGACACUUCCGCUCCUCACAAUCCUGCAGGUAUAACAACCCUCAGCGAUCAAGGUGAUCUUCCGCCUCCAAAAUACCGUGUUCUAGGCGAACGCCCUGUAUUUCGACUCCACAGUUUGGAGCCAGGAAGAGAAUACCAAGUAGCUGUGUAUGCUGAGAACGCUAAAGGAAAAAGUACACCCCCUGUAGUUUUACCUAAUGUUCGAGUUGAAUCGGAUGUGACAUUUGAAAUAUCUGAAGACGAAGACACAACCCAACUGAAACCAGACCCAGAAAGUUCCACUUCCGGAAAAAACCUAACCUUGAUCAUUGUUGGUUUGGCGGUGGCCGCAGUGCUGCUCAUUCUGAGUAUUAUUGCAGUUGCUACUAUUCUGGCCUGUCGGAGGCCGAAAACUGUUGUAAAAAGAAGACCAAGAAGAAGCAGUAAGCCACCAGAGGAGUUCGAGUUGUCCGAAGACGGUUUUGGGGAGGGAUUCCAUAGGAGAAGCGCGCAAUAUAGAGCAAGCAUGUACGGAGAGUGUGAAGAUAGAAUAACCAGGAUGAUCGAAGGUCCAGAUCUGAUUCUUUCUCCAAUGACGACUUCUCAGCAUAACAUGGAGUUUUGACAGACAGUGACCAAGGAUCGCAGUAUCCAAAAGGAUCUCACAUAGAAGAUAAUUAUUUCUUGAAAGUGAAAGAAAUUAAAGUGUAGAACUUUUCGUUUCAGUGAAAGUUCAUUGAUAUAAUAUAUUCUAAGCAAAUCCCCGUGGUAGCCAUUUGCUAUUGAGUAUUUAUGAAGUGUGAAAACUUAGAGACUCUCAGAAAAAUGUAUCACAGAUUAGACAAACUUUGGAUCGCUUCAUAUGGAAUUGCAUGGUAUUCUAGUUGAUGGAUGAAAAUAUUUCAGGUAGUGAUCAAGGUUUCGAUUUCCACUUUCCUGAAAAAUUUGCAACUCUCAAACACCACUGAAGAGAUGUUAGAUAUCAAUUACUGGAAAGUGAAUCGAAUGUUAUUGAUAUUCUGUUUUUCAAUAAUAUCCAUAAAAUCAUCAUAAUCAAUUUCAUCUUUCUAUUUCAGGCCAUAAUUUUUUACAGAUUAUUUGAAUUCCAUCUUCCACAAUUUAUUCAUACACAUUGACAUUCUUCUUUGUCAAAUAUUGUAUAUUACAUCUAUCCGUUUCAAUAUAUCACCAUUAUUAGUUCUAAAUCACUAACGUAGUUCACUGUGAAUUCACUAUGAAUCUCACAGUGAACAGUGAUAGUGAGUUUUGAUAUGGAAUUUUAUCAAGUAUCGGUGUGUUUCAUUCAAUUAGUACUUUGGAGCAACAUAUUCCAUUUGACAUAGUCAAUUAUAUUUCAAACAAUGGGAAAGAAUCUUUUCAGCAGUCUACUUAUCCUUCUUGAUAAAAAAAUGCGGGAAUCUUCCAAAAAAAUUUGAAAGCAAUCAAUUUCAGAAGGGGUAAAUCUGUACACAGAUGUUGAGAUGAUGCAGAGAAGUGGCUUUCAGACACAAACUGGAAGAAAAAGCAAUCCUGAAACAGCUACUUUCAUAUAAACAUUAAAUUACACGAAA